AUGGCCAGAGUGAGAGUGCGAUGCAUUCAGCACCUGUCAGGAUGGUUUGUUCUGUUCAGCUUAAUGACACGCCAGAGUCACUCCAUCGAGACAGUGAAUGUUGUGGACUUCUGUGGACAGACAAUACAGGGGGACGGCAUGAUUGUAAAGUCCCACCAGGAGUCCCAGAAGUACUACUUUGUCUCCAUUGGGACAGAUUGCCAACUCACCAUGCAGUCCGCCACCCCCCGGGAGUUCUACUUCCGCUUUUUUCUGGUCUACAGCCUGCUAAUAUUGUCCCUGCACAGCCCCGCACCCCUCUUCCCAGAAUCACCCAGGGGGUCCUCCUCAUCUGGCCCGACGCGGCCUGAUCUGAGCUUGGAGCCAACCACCGGGGAGGGGCCUGAAGACCCCUGCCAUGCUGGCUCUUACAUCCAGUUCUACGACGGGAGGGAUAAGUCUGCACCCCCUAUUGGCCAGCCACUCUGUGGGAAGAGCCCUCCCCGACCAGUGUUGUCAACGGGCAACUUUCUAACUCUACGUCUUGUGACGCGAGGAACUCAGCCAAGGGUGGACUUUGUUGGAGACUUUACUUCAUUCAGGCUGGGUUUUAACCAAUCAGAAUGCAGCGGAGAACCUUACUUCAACUGUCGCAAUGGGAAGUGUAUUCCCAUGAGUCUGGUUUGUGCAGAUGAAAAAGGCAUUGACAACUGUGGCGAUGGCAGUGACUUAAUCGAUUACCCUGGUUGCAAUGGUCCUCUAUCGACACCCAAGCCCCCACAGCAUCACGUUACCCAACCUACACAGAUGCUGGAUGUUCCAACUCGGACAGUGUCCACUUUAAAGAACUGUGCCACUCCAAACGCCAUUCCUGAUCCAGAUUCUGUGACCG